AUGCCACCAGCAGCAGCAACUUCAAAAAAACGAAUUAGGGAUGAUGGCGAGUAUACCAACUCUUCAAUCAGUUUAAAUCCAAUCAAAAAGGUUCGCAAACAAUCAAAAAAUGCAACAGUUUCGGCUACGCCGACUGACCACUCUGAAGAUGAGGAUGAAAUCAUUACCAAAAUGGUCCCAAAGAUUGCAGCUUUGGAUCCGAAUUCAUUUGCAAGCUCAGAAACUAGAGAAGCACCUCAUGAUUCAAUUUCUCGUUUUUUUGGAAAAGACGAUUUUUCAUAUAUCAAAUUAAAAAAAGAUCAUACAAACAGACCUUUAUGGAUAAAUCCUGUAAAUGGUCAUAUAAUUCUUGAAGGUUUUUCUCCUUUUACAGAAAAAGCUCAAGAUUUCCUUAUAACUAUUAGUGAACCUGUUAGCAGACCAUCACAUAUUCAUGAAUAUAAAUUGACCCCUUACUCUUUAUAUGCAGCAGUAUCUGUUGGAUUAGAAACCAAUAACAUAAUAGAUGUUCUUAACCUUUUAUCAAAGAUUGAAAUACCAGAAAGCAUUAUCGAUUUAAUUAAAGCCUGUACAUUAUCAUAUGGAAAAGUAAAACUUGUAUUAAAACAUAAUCGAUACUUUGUGGAAUCAUCUUAUCCAGACAUUUUACAAAAAUUGUUACAAGAUCCUAUAAUUUCAGAGGCUAGAAUUAUGAAUAAUGAUGGAUCUAAUGAUGAAUUUUUAAAAGAUAAAGCUCCAACUGGAAAAGAUUUAGUGAUUCCCGGAGCUAAUAAAAAACAGGACAAUCCUGAAAACAAGAACGUAAAUAAUAAUGAAAAUGAUGCAAAAAAUGACGAUGAUGGAAUAUUUAAUACUGUUGUCGAAAUAGAUAAAGAUUAUCCUAUGUUAGAAGAAUAUGAUUUCCGUAAUGACACCAAUCUUCCUACACUUGACAUUGAUCUUAAACCUAUAACCGUUAUUCGUCCAUACCAAGAAAAAUGUUUAAGCAAAAUGUUUGGAAAUGGACGUGCAAGAUCUGGAAUCAUUGUAUUACCUUGUGGUGCAGGCAAAACCCUUGUAGGCAUCACUGCUGCUUGUACAAUUAAAAAGAGUUGUCUAGUACUAUGCACUUCUGCAGUGUCAGUUAUGCAAUGGAAACAACAAUUUAUACAAUGGUCAAAUAUUAAAAAAAAUCAAAUUGCUGUAUUUACUUCAGAUCAAAAAGAAAAGUUUGUAGGUCAAGCUGGUGUUGUCAUUUCAACCUAUAGUAUGGUAGCAAAUACAAGGAACAGAUCAUAUGAAGCAAGUAAAAUGAUGGAUUUUAUUAUAGGCCGUGAAUGGGGGUUCAUACUAUUAGAUGAGGUUCACGUUGUACCAGCUAACAUGUUUAGAAGAGUGGUAACAAAGAUAGCUGCUCAUACUAAACUUGGUCUGACAGCAACGUUAGUUCGUGAAGAUGAAAAAAUUGGUGAUCUGAAUUUCUUGAUUGGCCCUAAACUUUAUGAAGCAAAUUGGAUGGAUUUAGCCUCAAAAGGUCAUAUUGCAAAUGUUCAAUGUGCUGAAGUUUGGUGUCCAAUGACUCCAGAAUUUUAUUCAGAAUAUCUUAAAGCAUCCUCACGGAAAAGAAUGUUAUUGUAUGCUAUGAAUCCGAAUAAAUUCCAAGCUUGCCAAUAUUUAAUUCAAUUUCAUGAAGAUCGUGGCGAUAAAAUAAUAGUAUUUUCAGACAAUGUAUAUGCUUUAGAAAAAUAUGCAAGACAAUUACAUGUUCCAUUUAUUCACGGAAAAACGAAACCUUCAGAGCGUUUAUAUAUUCUUGGAAAAUUUCAAAGUGAUCCCAAAAUUAAUACAAUUUUUUUGUCAAAGGUUGGUGAUACUUCAAUUGAUUUACCUGAAGCCACGUGCUUGAUACAAAUUUCUUCGCAUUAUGGCUCCAGACGUCAAGAAGCACAACGUUUAGGUCGUAUUCUUCGAGCUAAACGUAGAAACGAUGAAGGUUUUAACGCCUUCUUUUAUUCAUUAGUAUCAACUGAUACACAAGAAAUGUAUUAUUCAACAAAACGUCAACAGUUUUUGAUUGAUCAAGGAUAUGCUUUUAAGGUUAUAACAUCACUUGAGGGAAUGGAAUCAACAGCUGAUCUAGUUUAUAAAACAUUGGAUGAACAAAAAUCUUUACUUACUGAAGUAUUAUUGGCAAAUGAUAAAGAUGCUGAACUAGACAACGAUGUUGAAUCCAAUGCUGAUGAUUUGCCAGGUUCAAUCACCAGCAGAAAUUUCAAUACACAACAAAAGAGAAUUGGCAAUGGUGGUGUAGUUAAAAGAUCUGUUGGUAAUAUGAAAAGUUUAUCAGGUGCUGAUAAUAUGGUUUAUACAGAAGUUGGUUCUGGGUCUUCUAAUUUGGCUCGUCAUGAUAAUACACCUUUGUUGGAUAACAAGUUAAAUACUUCUGUUGUUCAAUCAACUAUUGUUAAAAAUUCCAAAGAAAACAACGACGAAGAUAAGACUAAUGACAAUGGAUUAUUAAAAUCUUUUGAAGAAAACGAAAACUCUAAAUCAGUUCAAAAAAAACCUAUUUCAUUUGAAACUCUAAAGAAAAAGACUACAAAAGAAAUAAACAUUACUUUAGCCGACAAAUCUGAGUAUACAAUACCUCCUGCAAUUGCUGAAGAUGUCUUAAGAGAAAUGCUUGCAAACAAACCAACUAAAGAUUUGCUAGAAGAACUUGAGUCUGCUCCUGUGUUAACUAAUGGUAAAAGCGAAAAUAGUAGUUCUUCGAAAAUUAAAGGAGUUGGCAGUGUUAGUAUUGAUUUCUCAACAAAACAUGAAAAAAAUGAUUCUACUUUUCCACCUAAAUUCAAUUUUCCUAAUAUCGAAGAUAAAAAUUUUUUUCUGCCAAAUUUCACAAACCUUUCCACAAAGCCCUCACUUACCUCUUUUUCCUUUGGUAAUUUUUCCGAGUCAUCUUCUCAAAAUUCUACUCAAAAAACCUCUGUGCCUCCACCAGCUCUAUCUUCACUUUCUGCUCGCACUAAUAUUAAUCAAAAACGGGUAACAAUUCAGCUACAUCCGCCAGUACUUGAUAAAUUUUCUCCUCAAUUGCCAUCAAAAACUCCUUCAAUAACGAUGCCGUCAAGUUCUAUAUGGCCUCCACAAAUUAGCACUUCAUCUCCAACUGACACACAUUUUUCAAAUUCUAAUUUAUUAUUUUCUCAAUUCACUGGUUCUUUCAAAUUUGAUAUAAGUCCUAAAAGUAUUUCUGGGGUGCAGAAUAAUAUAAAUACAGGUAGCUCUAAUGCUUAUUUAACUGUAUCGACAAAUCAAUCAAUAAAAAAUAUGAAAAGUUCUAAUAAAAAUAACGAUGAAAUUAUAUUGCCAAAAUUAUUAGCGUCUUCUUCAUCUAUCAAAAAAAUCUCAAUCAAGUUUGGUGAUAUAUCAAAUACAACUUUGGCCUCGUCUGUGUCCACUAAAGGACCUACAAUUAACGUUAAUAGUAAUAAUAAUGGUACACCUUCUUCUUCUUUACAAACUUCACCUCCCAGAGGUUUUGCCCAUAAUGCCACAAAUACUUUUCCCUUCUACAGACCAAUUCGUCCAUUACCUUCACGUGCCAAAUCUCAUAAUGCCAAUAAUAAAAAGAAAAGAAAGGCUUUACAGACUGUUGGAAUUAGUUCAACAGCUAGUAGUGGAAUUGGUGGAGUAAUGAAAAAUGUGACUGCGAAAGAAAGAACAAAUCCAUUAAGAAGAGUUGAAAGAAGUUUUGACAACAAAUCUGUUAAUAAAGAAACGUAUAGUAUGCGACCACCGCAAACAACAUUUGAUUUCUCCUUUAAAUCAAUAACAGAAAAAUCGGCAGCGGCAGCGGCAGCAAGCGUUAAUGCAGCAAGUGCAAAGCGGUUGGCUGCUGUUUCACCGAUUCAAACGAUGAAUUCCAAGAACGAUCCUUUUUCUUCAUCAUUAUUUCUACAACAAUCACAUUCUACAGUAAUAACCAUAAAUCCACAAAAUAAUUCAAAGAAAAAAACAUCAACGAAACGUUCUGCACCUUCAUCAUCAUUAUUUAAAAAUGAAGAUAGCACGCAUAAUAACAAUCAGUAUGCUAAAGUAUUACCACCACCACUACCUCCAACUACUCCCAAAAGGUUGCCUAAUGCAGGACUAGAUAUCCAACCUGCACAUAAUAAUACUUCAAGACGUAAGAUUAAGUUUUCGGAAAAAAACGGUGAUUGGAUUUGUAUUUUCUGUCAGUAUCGAUUAUAUUAUGGUGAUGGAAGACGAUUUCGGAGAAGAACGAAAUCAAAUAACUCAAAUAAUGGAGGAGAUGGAGGAAAUCCAGGAGAUGGAGGAAAUGUGCCCGAUAAGACUCUUGCAACUUAG